AUGUCUAAUCUCGUCAAUGCUAACAAUAGCCGUGCAAACCAUAUCUAUGGUAGGCUGGUUGCUUUGGUGGUGUCUAUUUUUGUGUGCUUAGCUGCAGGAACUCCAUAUUUGUAUGGUGUAUAUGGACCACAAUUGAUCAAGCAGUGUGGCCUUACUGCAACGGAUUCUGCGACCAUUUCCUUGUGUACCAAUAUCGGUGCAGGGUUUGGUGGGCUACCUGGUGGUGUUAUUAUCGAUAGGUUUGGCCCGCAGCUUGCCAUUUUGUUUGGUUCUGUUUUCAUAACUGUGGGCUACUUUGGUGUGUAUAGAAUCUACCAAGCGGCCUUGUCAAGUUUACCAUUAAUAUGUAUUUUCAUGUGUAUUAUGGGAUUUGGGUCUAUCACAAGUUAUUUCGCUACUUUGAAGGCAGCGCAGGCAAAUUUUCCCAAACACAGAGGCUCUGCUGGUGCUGUUCCUGUGUCAUGUUAUGGAUUGAGUGCAACUUUGUUGUCUAUCAUUGCUGCCUCUUACUUCAAUGGCAAUUCUGGAGGUUUCAUUGGAUUUUUAUCUAUAUAUUGUGGUGGUUUUACUUUCAUAGGAUCAUGGUUUGUUCACAUCUAUUUAGAUGAGGAAGAUGCUGAUAAGUCCCUUCAACAUCUGCCACUGAUUCUGCUGCAAUUCUUGAACAAUGAGAAUGCAAUUGAUAGUACAAAUGACGAAGAGGCUGUCUUAUUACUUUCCAGGGAUAAUUCAGGCUCCAAUUUGAAGGAUAUGGUUACCAAUAAUACAGGAGGUAAUCCUGGUGGGGCCUCUUCAGUCACAGACACUUUGGGACCUGUCCCAGAUAAUACGGUCCCACCUCCUCCGCCUGAGCGCUCAAACUCACUUCAUGGAUCGUUCUCCUUCUGGGGUAUCGGUAGUCGUACUCCACGUUCAUCAGCAGCGUCUAUAUCUUCCUCCCAAGCUCCGUUGAUUAAUUCUCUCCGCGAUCUGUACGAGAAUUCGCAGUCAUCUAGGGCUCCGGCGAUGUCAAAGCAACAAUCUCUUGCUUCAUUAAACUCUACUUCAACAGCACUUGGAGUCAGCAAGCGCCCGACUCCUAAAAGCUCUUUACAAAUUGUUGUUGAACUUUUGAAGAACAAGAAUUUCAUUGUACAUUAUUCAAUCGUAUCUGUAUUGUCUGGAAUUGGACAAAUGUAUAUCUACACUGUCGGAUUUAUAGUCAUUGCACAGUAUUACUAUGGGAAGGAGCCGGGUUCAAAUGAAAGUAUCGAUACUGACAGCCAUCAGAUUAUUCGCAGAUUAUUACAGAAAAUGUCUGGUGGUGCUCCCCCUGGAUCAGAUAAAAUGGCAGCGGCGCUUCAGGCACUUCAAGUCUCAGUUAUUUCAAUUUCAUCUUUCUCUGGACGUUUAAUUGCAGGUGUGCUAUCAGAUUUUAUUCAUAAAAGGUAUCAUAUUCAAAGACUUUGGAUAGUUUUAGUGACCAUCAUAUUCUUCUCUGGUGGUCAGUUGCUCAUAAUGAAUCUUCAGAGAGCCGAUCUUAUCAUAAUCCCUUCUAUUAUAGUUGGUGCCAGUUAUGGUUUAAUCUUUGGAACAUACCCAGCAGUCAUUGCCGACGAAUUUGGAACAAAAACAUUUUCCACUACUUGGGGAUUAAUUUGCACUGGUCCAUUAAUCACACUUUUCAUUUUGAACAAGUAUUUUGGAAUGAUUUAUGAUCAUAAUACGGAUCCUGGAACUGGAAUCUGCUAUAAGGGUAACGAUUGUUACAGGGGGGCAUUCGAGCUUUCAUUUGGAUUAUGCCUCCUCUUCUUUGCAGUAACUUUAUGCGUUAUAUAUGUAAAAAGAAAACCUUAA